CAUAUAGAUAGGUUGAAAAUUGAGAAAUAUUUUCAACCCCUUGCGUGGAAAAAAAGUAUGUUUACUGUGUUAUGUGGAAAUUAAUGUCAUAUAGAUAGGUUGGAAAUUAAGAAAAAUUUCCUUGUUUGCAGCACAACAUCAAUGGAAAAGAUGUCUAUAGUUAGAUUGUUGUUACCAUUUUUGUGCCUGUUACUUACAGAUUAUGCUCUCGGCAGCCAUGCUCAACCUGUUGAUUGCUUAUCUUCUGAUCGAGAAGCUCUUAUAGACUUCAAAAAUGGGCUUGAAGAUCCUGAGAAUCGGCUCUCUUCAUGGACGGGCAACAAAUGUUGUCAAUGGUGUGGAAUAAGUUGUGACAAAAUCACUGGUGCAGUUGUUGCAAUUGAUCUCCAAAACCCCCAUCCACUGUAUGGAUUGUUGAACCUGAGUGGUGGGAUAAAGCCAUCUUUGAUGAAGCUCAAGUCACUAAGGCAUUUAGACUUGAGUUUUAACACAUUCAGUGGCAUACCAAUUCCUGCGUUCUUUGGAUCACUAGUGAAUUUGCAAUAUCUGAACCUAUCAAAUGCUGGCUUUGGUGGCAUAAUUCCUCCAAAUUUGGGAAACCUUUCUCACUUGCAAUUUCUUGAUCUCCAGUUUUUAAGCUUACAUGUUGAAAAUCUACAAUGGGUGGCUGGCCUUGUCUCUUUGAAACAUCUGGCCAUGGAUGGAGUUGAACUUUCAUUGGUAGGAACAGACUGGGUUAGUGCAUUUAACCAGCUUCCUUCUUUAACUGAAUUGCAUCUAUCUUCUUGUUUGCUGCAUGGCUAUAUUCCAUCUCUUCCAUCUCUCAAUUUCACUUCACUUGCUGUUCUGGAUCUUAGUUCUAAUAACUUUGUUUCAAAGAUACCUGAUUGGAUUGUAAAUAUUAGCAGCCUACAACUUAUUGAUAUAAGCAAUAAUGAUCUGUAUGGAAGAAUACCGCUUGGUUUAGGAGACCUGCCAAAGUUACUGUUCUUGCAUUUAGAGGGAAACAGCAAUCUUACAGCAAGUUGUACUCAACUCUUCAGGGGAAGAUGGGAAGAUAUACAAGUGCUUGAUUUAGCAUCUAAUAAAUUACAUGGGAAACUUCCUUCAUCCUUUGGAAACUUGACUACUCUCACUUACCUUGAUCUUAGCUAUAAUGGUAUUGGGGGUGGUAUCCCAGGUUCCAUUGGUAAACUCUGCAACUUGAAUACUUUUGAUUUGUCAGGAAACAACAUGACAGGAACCCUGCCUGAAUUUCUUCAAGGAACAGAUAACUGUCCUUCUAGAAAACCUCUGCCUAAUAUGGAGAAUUUUAUCAUCAGCGACAGCCAGCUGGCUGGUAAAAUCCCAGAUUGGUUAGUUCAACUAGAAAAUCUUGUCAGUCUCGGUCUUGCAGAUAAUCUGCUUGAAGGUUCCAUUCCUGUUUCCUUAGGGUCAUUGCAAAAUCUCCACACCUUGGAACUUGAAAGGAAUAAACUAAAUGGGACUCUACCAGAUAGUUUAGGACAACUUUCUGAAUUGUCACGCUUAGAUGUUUCCUCCAAUCAGUUGACAGGCAUGGUCACUGAAGCCCAUUUUUCAAGGCUAAGUAAGUUAGAGAUUUUAAAUUUGUCCUCCAAUUCAUUCACCGUGAAUGUCAAUUCCAAUUGGAUCCCUCCAUUCCAAAUCUGGUUUCUUGAUAUGGGUUCAUGUGCUUUGGGACCUUCAUUUCCGGUUUGGCUGAAAUCACAAAAUCAGGUCCAUUAUUUAGACUUUUCAAAUGCUAGCAUUUUUGGUUUUAUACCAAACUGGUUUUGGGAUAUUUCGUCACACUUGGUACUUGUAAACAUUUCCCAUAAUCAGUUACAGGGGCGGCUUCCAAAUCCAUUACCUGUUGCAUUUGCUUCGGUUGAUGCAGUUGAUCUGAGCUUUAAUCUUCUUGAGGGUGCAGUUCCCGUUACAACACCUGGAUUUGAUUUGCUAGAUCUCUCACACAAUCGCUUUUCUGGUGCGAUACCUUGGAACAUAAGUCAUUACAUGAGAUAUAUGACAUAUUUAUCUCUUUCUCAUAAUCAACUCUAUGGAGAAAUACCGCUGUCUUUAGGGGAAAUGAUCUUCAUUACUGUCAUUGAUCUUUCAAGCAACAACUUAACAGGGAGGAUCCCUCCAAGCCUUGCGAAUUGUUCUUUGCUGGAAGUACUAGACCUUGGGAACAAUAGCCUAUAUGGGACAGUUCCGGGUUCUUUAGGUCAGUUACAACUGCUAAGAUCACUGCACCUUAGUGACAAUUACUUUUGGGGAGAUUUACCAUCAUCUUUUAGAAAUUUGUCCAAUUUGGAAACCAUGGAUCUUGGAAACAAUGGAUUUUCAGGUAUUAUUCCACCUUGGUUUGGGGAAGGCUUUGCACAUCUUAGAAUUCUUAAUUUGAGGUCUAAUGCAUUUUCUGGAGAAUUGCCUCCGGAGCUUUCAAAACUAAGUUCAUUGCAAGUCCUUGACCUUGCAAAAAAUGACUUGACUGGCAGCAUUCCACCUAGCUUGGGUGAUCUGAAAGCAAUAGCUGAAGAGCAGAAGAAAAAUACAUAUUUACUAUAUGGAGAAUAUGUAGGUCACUACUAUGAAGAAAGCUUGGUUGUGUACACAAAAGGCCAAAGUUUUAAGUAUACCAAGACUAUUUCCCUUGUUACUAGCAUAGACCUUUCUGAUAAUAACUUAACUGGAAAUCUUCCCCAUGAAAUAACAAAACUAUCUGGUUUGGUGGUUCUCAACUUGUCAAGAAACCAUAUAACUGGCCAAAUUCCUGAAGGCAUGUCAAAUCUGCAUCAGCUAUCAUCUCUUGAUCUCUCGAGUAAUCAACUUUCUGGCACAAUUCCUUCAAGCUUGUCUUCCUUGUCAUUUUUGGGGUUCCUAAAUUUGUCCAACAACAACCUCUUUGGUGCCAUUCCUUAUACAUAUCACAUGACAACCUUUGAUGCAUCUUCUUUUACUGGGAAUCCUGGUCUCUGUGGUCCUCCCCUUCCUGUGGGGUGUCAAGGUGAUAAUGAUCUUAGUCAUGACUCUGACGAGAGACUAAGUAAUGAUGAUGAAUUGAUUGAUGAGUGGUUUUACUCGAGUCUUGGUUUGGGGUUUGCAGCUGGUAUUCUGGUUCCUUGUUUCAUUUUAGCAAUCAAGAGAUCUUGGGGUGGUGCCUUUUUUUAUUUUGUGGAUCAAGUUAUUGACAAAUUAUUGAGCCUCAGACACCGAUGAGGAAUAAAUCAUGGCCAAAAGAAGCAGUCUCAUCACAGGCAGUGGUUAACGAACUUGACCCAUGCAUGCUUAUUUCGUUUUGUACAAGGAAGGAUUGAAAUCCAUCACCGCCUUAUCUCAUAACAAUCAAUCACUGAAAUGGCA